UCUCUUACUAGUACCAGAACCUCCACCCUCAGACACCAUGGUCAGCUCGUGUUGUGGCUCCGUCUGCUCUGAGCAGAGCUGUGGCUGCCCCAGCUGCUGCCAGCCCACCUGCUGCCGCCCAGUCUGCUGUGUGUCCAGCUGCUGCAGGCCCCAAUGCUGCCAGCCCACUUGCUGCCGCCCCAGAUGCUGCAUCUCCAGCUGCUGCAGGCCCCAAUGCUGCCAGUCUGUGUGCUGCCAGCCCACCUGCUCUCAGCCCCGCUGCUGCAUCUCUAGCUGCUGCAGGCCCCAAUGCUGCCAGUCUGUGUGCUGCCAGCCCACCUGCUCUCAGCCCCGCUGCUGCAUCUCCAGCUGCUGCAGGCCCCAAUGCUGCCAGUCUGUGUGCUGCCAGCCCACCUGCUCUCAGCCCCGCUGCUGCAUCUCCAGCUGCUGCAGGCCCCAAUGCUGCCAGUCUGUGUGCUGCCAGCCCACCUGCUCUCAGCCCCGCUGCUGCAUCUCUAGCUGCUGCAGGCCCCAAUGCUGCCAGUCCUCGUGCUGCCAGCCCUCCUGCUGUGGCUCCAGCCCCUGUGGCUCCAGCUGCUGCCACCCCUGCUGCUGCCUGCGCCCCGUCUGUGGCCGGGUCUCCUGCCACACCACUUGCUACCGCCCCACCUGUGUCAUCUCCACCUGCCCCCGCCCCACGUGCUGUGCCUCCUCCUGCUGCUGAUGCCCUGUGACCCCUGUCUCUGUUUACUUCUGUCCGCACGGGUGUAGACCCUCCUUUUGCGCUGACCCUUAGGACACCUGGGGCAGCACUGAUGUUGCUCAACUGAACUGAGCUUCAGUGUUUCAAAGAGGAACCAGGUUAUGCCAUUUAAGAAGAUGGGCAUGGCCUGGAGAUUUUACCUUUCCCCCCCGACCACUGGUAAAAUCAUUCUUCUAACUUCCCUUCCCUAGGACUUUUCUGUAACCUCAUCUAUUGCUGUGCCAAAAUAAAGUUACACUUCCCUGCAUUAAAAA